AUGGAUUUUAACCCCAAUGUAAACAUUGGACGUUUCACAUGGCUGAAGGAAGUUCCAAUUAAAGUUAAUUGCUUCAUAUGGAGGGCAAAACUGGGCAAAAUACCUUCUGUUGUAGGUCUCUUGUCUAAAGGGGUAGCUUUGGAAAGUCCAAUAUGCAAACAAUGUGAGGAUGUCAAUGAAUGUUCAGACCAUGCCUUGAUUGGAUGCAAAUAUGCGAAAAUGGUUAUGCAAGGGGUUUUUCAAUGGUGUGGUGUUGCCAUGGAAGAGUUCGGUACAGUGAACGACAUGAUCACACUUGUAAAUUCACAUUUCGGAUGCUAA